AUGGAUGCCGGCUUUGUGAAAGCAGAAAGCACAAAUCUGCCAAGAAUUGACGCAUUGAUGGUUGGUGAAUUUUUUGCACUAAACCCCGAUUUCUGCUCUGCGGAGCAGAGAAACGACAAGGCAUCUAUUUGUGAUUCUCCGCCAUUCUCUGUUCGUCUUUUCUGUCUUUCUCGUCAGCCUGGAAUAGAAUUUUCAUUCAACAUGGCGACGAAAUCGGGUCUGAAGACGAUCGCCAACGAGGAGAAUGAGGAGAGGUUCGGUUAUGUGUUCGCUGUAUCUGGACCCGUCGUUACGGCGGAGAAGAUGUCCGGUUCUGCUAUGUACGAGUUGGUGCGAGUUGGUUACCAUGAGCUGGUCGGAGAGAUCAUCCGUCUCGAGGGUGACAUGGCCACUAUUCAAGUAUACGAAGAGACAUCGGGUGUGACCGUAGGAGAUCCAGUACUACGUACCGGCAAACCUUUGUCAGUGGAGCUCGGGCCCGGUAUCCUGGGAUCCAUUUUUGACGGCAUCCAGCGUCCCUUGAAGGACAUCAAUGAACUCACCCAGUCCAUUUAUAUCCCCAAGGGAGUGAACGUUCCCUGCCUUGCCAGAGAAACUGCUUGGGAAUUCAAUCCUCUUAAUGUUAAGGUGGGAUCUCACAUCACCGGUGGAGAUCUAUACGGUAUCGUUCAUGAGAAUACCCUGGUGAAGCACAAAAUGUUGAUGCCACCGAAAGCUAAGGGAACUGUUACCUACAUAGCCCCCUCUGGAAACUACAAAGUCACUGACGUAGUCCUGGAGACAGAAUUCGACGGCGAGAAAGCUCAAUACAGCAUGUUGCAAGUGUGGCCCGUCCGACAACCCAGACCCGUCACUGAGAAACUGCCCGCUAACCAUCCCCUACUCACCGGCCAGAGGGUGCUGGACUCUUUGUUCCCUUGCGUCCAGGGCGGUACUACGGCCAUCCCCGGCGCCUUCGGAUGCGGCAAGACUGUCAUCUCCCAGGCUCUAUCCAAGUACUCCAACAGUGACGUCAUCGUCUACGUGGGCUGCGGGGAGCGUGGUAACGAGAUGUCAGAAGUACUUCGGGACUUCCCCGAGCUCACAGUAGAGAUCGAAGGCGUCACAGAGUCCAUCAUGAAGCGUACAGCCCUCGUCGCGAACACUUCCAACAUGCCUGUGGCUGCUAGAGAGGCAUCCAUUUACACAGGCAUCACCCUAUCCGAAUACUUCCGAGACAUGGGUUACAACGUUUCCAUGAUGGCUGACUCCACUUCUCGUUGGGCCGAAGCGUUGAGAGAAAUCUCCGGUCGUUUAGCGGAAAUGCCUGCGGAUUCCGGAUAUCCUGCCUACUUGGGGGCCCGACUGGCCUCCUUCUACGAGAGGGCCGGCCGAGUUAAAUGUCUCGGCAAUCCUGAUCGGGAGGGUUCCGUAUCCAUCGUGGGUGCCGUAUCGCCCCCCGGCGGUGACUUCUCGGACCCGGUGACGGCGGCCACCCUCGGCAUCGUCCAAGUGUUCUGGGGCUUGGACAAGAAGCUGGCUCAGCGCAAACACUUCCCCUCGAUCAACUGGCUCAUUUCCUACAGCAAGUACAUGCGUGCCCUGGAUGACUUCUAUGAGAAGAAUUACCCGGAAUUCGUGCCGCUCAGGACCAAGGUUAAGGAGAUCCUGCAAGAAGAAGAGGAUCUAUCAGAAAUCGUGCAGUUGGUCGGCAAGGCGUCGCUCGCGGAGACUGACAAGAUCACCCUCGAGGUCGCCAAACUGCUCAAGGAUGACUUCCUACAACAGAACAGCUACUCUGCGUACGACCGCUUCUGCCCGUUCUACAAGACGGUGGGCAUGCUGAAGAACAUAAUCUCGUUCUACGACAUGUCGCGGCACGCCGUCGAGGCCACCGCCCAGUCCGACAACAAGGUCACCUGGAACACCAUCCGCGACGCCAUGGGCACCGUGCUCUACCAGCUCUCCUCCAUGAAGUUCAAGGACCCCGUGAAAGACGGCGAAGCCAAGAUCAAGGCAGAUUUCGACCAACUCCUGGAAGAUAUGUCGGCCGCCUUCCGCAACCUCGAGGAUUAA